AUGAAAAAUGUAAUUAAAGAAAUACAUUCCAAAAUCGAGGUACUGGAAGCGAAACUUAAAACCAGAGAGCCAGAGACCCUCUCAGUUCCAGACCCAUUAGAACAAAUGACAGACUGUUCGACUGAUGACUACUUCAGACCACAGCAGAGAAGGAGAUCCAAUAAACGAAAAAGAAAUUUGACAGUCACCACGGACUUCGUGGUUAUUGGUGAUGGAAAUGCUGUGGUCCCAGCUAGGCUUUUUAAGCACAUGGAUUGGACUUCAUACACAAAUGCUACAAGAAAACUACUAACUGCUGUAUUUUCCAGAAAAGUACUGGCGACCCACUCUUUAACUGGAAAACCUUCACCAGCAUUUUCAGACAAACCGGCUAAAAAGAAGACGGAUGACUGCUGGAAAGACAGCCGAGGGCGACGGCCUAGCAAGCCCAGCCCGACUUGUCAUUUACUGAGAACUAGCCCUAACGCUAAGAAAACCGCUGAGAAAAAAUCGUGGAAGGUGUUGCCAGGAAGGACAAAUUGA